CCAUGGACAGCUUUUCUCUCCUCCAUAAAUAGUUGAUUUGGAUUUUAUCCCUUCUUCAAUUCUUGUUGUUCAGCUGGGGGAGCGCUGUAUGCGAUAUCGCGUUCAUCGAUCUCCUGCGGACAUACCUGGUCUCCGCAUCUCCACCCCUCUUGUUAUCAUUCAUUACCUGUCGUUCCUGUCGAGCAGUCAUCCGUGACAAUGAGUGUUGAUAGGCAGGUAUACCUCCUGCCUCUCAAGGAUGAUGGCUCGCCGGACGUCCCUGGGGGUUACAUCUACCUUCCACCCCCCACGGAUCCUCCAUAUGUCCUUCGUUUCGUGAUCGAGGGAACAAGCUCCAUAUGCCGUGAAGGGAGCUUGUGGGUGAACAUCCCUGAAGAAGGCGUUGACUUCGACCGCUCGAAUUUUAGGCAAUACGAUCUUCAGCCGGACUUCAACAAGAACAUCCAGAUUGACGUGCCCAUAACCACCCCUGGCGCAUUUGCCUUCUACACGACUUAUUCUCCUCUCCCGGACUUUUCACUAGAACCUGUCCCGACUCCCAAGCCGACAAGGACGCCUACACACUAUGUUGAUGUCUCACCGGCGUUGACGUUGCAAGAAAAGCCGCUGCCGUUGGACGCUCUGUCCAUAUUUUCAGUCAUCUCGAAGUUUAUGGGGAAAUAUCCAGAUGACUGGGACAAGCACCUGCGGGGAAUUGGCGAGAGAAAGUACAAUAUGGUGCAUUUCACGCCGUUGAUGAAACGCGGAGAUUCAAACUCCCCGUACAGCAUCUACGACCAGCUGCAGUUUGACCCCGAGUGCUUUCCAAAUGGCGAGGAGGACAUUGCAGAUCUAGUGGCGAAGAUGGAGAAAGAUUAUCAGUUACUGGCGCUUACAGACGUGGUCUGGAAUCACACGGCACAUAAUAGCCAGUGGCUGGAAGAACAUCCAGAGGCGGGAUACAACGUGGAGACUGCCCCAUGGCUAGAAUCGGCAUUGGAACUGGAUAAUGCUCUGAUCAAAUUCGGAAACGAUCUAGCAGAUCUAGGUCUUCCUACAGAGUUCAAAAGUGUCGAUGACCUUGUCACUGUGAUGAACGCCUUGCGAAAACAUGUCAUCGAUGCGAUCCGACUAUGGGAAUUCUACGUCGUGGACGUCAAGUCAGAGAGCCAGCGUGUCGCCGAGGAAUGGAAGAGUAAUUCCGGCGAUGAGCCGGAUGUUCAAAACACAGAGGAGAUCAAGGGAUGGGAUCUUAAGCAGAAAGUUUCUUACGUGCGCGAGAAAGCUCUCGUCAAUGGGGACCGUAUUCUCGGCAGAUUCGGUCGUGAAGUGAAACCAACCGUUGUUGCAGGUUUAGUUACUGCAAUCUUCGGACGCUACAAUGAAUCAUCUGACAUUUCUGCAAUUGAGAGUGAAGUUGGAAAGAUCCUUGAUGAGCUAAAUGCCCCUUGCUACGCGGAGUAUGAUGCAGACGUGGCUGAAAUACUGGAGCAACUCUUCAACCGGAUCAAAUAUGUCCGUAUCGAUGACCAUGGCCCAAAGUUGGGCCCAGUCACCAAGGAAAACCCGUUGAUCGAGACCUACUUCACUCGACUGCCCGAUAACGACACAACCAAGAAGCACAACCCCAAAGCAUUGGCACUUGUGAACAAUGGCUGGAUCUGGAAUGCCGACGCUAUGCGCGAUAAUGCAGGACCAGACUCGAAAGCUUACUUGCGCCGAGAGGUUAUUGUCUGGGGUGAUUGUGUCAAACUACGGUACGGCUCCGGUCCAGAUGAUAACCCUUUCCUCUGGGAUUAUAUGGCACGCUAUACUCGUCUUAUGGCCAAGUAUUUCUCUGGAUUCCGCAUCGACAAUUGCCACUCCACUCCACUCAGGGUAGCCGAGUAUCUCCUUGAUGAGGCUAGGAAAGUGCGUCCGAAUCUCACUGUCUUUGCAGAACUCUUUACAGGGUCUGAGGAGACCGACUACGUCUUUGUCAAGCGGCUAGGUCUGAGUGCACUGAUUCGUGAGGCAAUGCAAGCAUGGAGUACCGGCGAGCUGAGUCGCCUUGUUCACCGGCAUGGAGGUCGGCCAAUUGGCAGUUUUGACCUUGACCUUCCGACUGCGGGCAGCAGCCAUGCGGUCAGCUCUGCUAAAUCAGAGGGCGAACGGGAAACUAUUUCCCACAUCCGUCAGAGUCCUGUGCAUGCACUUUUCAUGGACUGCACGCACGACAACGAGGUCCCGGCACAGAAACGGGAUGCAAGAGAUACCCUCCCUAAUGCGGCGCUGGUUGCCAUGUGUGCCUCAGCUACUGGAAGUGUCAUGGGUUACGAUGAAAUAUACCCUAAGCUGGUUGAUCUAGUGCAUGAGACCCGUCUGUACCAUUCGGCCUUCUCUGAACAAGCCCACCUCUCGACUGGAACGACAGAGGGGGGAAUUGGCAGCGUCAAGAAGUUUCUUAAUAAACUGCAUACUAUGAUGGGUGUUCAAGGAUACGAUGAGACGCAUAUCCAUCACGACGGUGAAUAUAUUACUGUUCACAGAGUCCACCCGCAAACUAGGAAGGGGAUAUUUUUGAUUGCGCAUACGGCCUUCCCUGGAUAUGGCAAUGGCAACGGAGUGAUUGCCCCGACACACCUUGUGGGCACAAAAGCUAAGCUGCUUGGCAGCUGGCUGUUGGAAGUUGAUGCCAGCCAAGAGAAGAAGGAUGAGACAUUAGCCGAUAAGCAACUUCUCAAAGGGUUGCCCAGCCGGGUUGUCGCGAUCGAUGGUGCCAAAGCCACUCAAAAAGGAGAUGACACGACCAUCUAUGCGUCAGAGAAGUUGGUACCUGGUUCUAUCGCCUUGUUUGAGACCUGGAUUCCACGGGCUGAGCACUCCGAGGGACUGCACAAUUUUAUUACUGGAGGUGCAAAAGAAGCUUUCAGCGAUCUUGACUUGGUUGAUCUUAACUUCGUGCUAUACAGAUGCGAUGCAGAGGAGAGAGAUUCAAGUGAAGGUCAGGAUGGCGUCUACAAUAUUCCCAACUACGGUCCGCUGGUAUACGCGGGUCUGCAGGGAUGGUGGAGUGUACUCGAGAAUAUCAUCAAAUACAAUGACUUGGCGCACCCCCUUUGCGAUCACCUGCGCCAAGGCCAGUGGCCUCUUGACUAUAUCGUGCAACGAAUGGAAAAGAUGGCCAAAAAGAAGGGCUAUACGCGGUUGUAUGAGCCGGCAGUGUGGUUGCGGGAGAGGUUCCAUGCGGUGCGUAAGCUACCCAGCUUUCUCUUGCCAAGAUACUUUGCUAUGAUAGUUCAAAAGGCAUACAUGGCAGCUUGGGAGCAAGCUAUCAGCUUAUUCGGCAAGGACGUCCGACACGGCCAGGAGUUCAUUCAUCAGCUUGCCAUGGUCAGUGUGCAGAUGACUGGAUAUGUAAAGUCGGCGUCGCUCUGGCCAAUGAAGAGUGUCCCCAGUCUUGCAGCUGGCCUACCACAUUUCGCAGUUGAGUGGGCUCGCUGCUGGGGACGUGAUGUCUUCAUCUCCCUUCGAGGAUUGCUUCUUUGCACAGGUCGUUUCGAGGAGGCCAAGGAACAUAUAUUUGCAUUCGCAAGUGUCCUCAAGCAUGGAAUGAUACCGAACUUGCUAAGCGCUGGCAAAAACCCGCGAUACAACUCCCGAGAUUCAGUGUGGUUCUUCAUCCAGGCUAUCCAAGACUAUACCAAGAUGGCGCCUGACGGCAUCCAGAUUCUCAAAGAAAAGAUACCAAGGCGUUUUAGGCCGUACGAUGAUACCUGGUUCCCGUUCGACGAUCCAAGAGCUUAUUCUAAGUCUUCAACCAUCGAAGAUGUUAUCCAGGAGGCUUUCCAAAGACAUGCUAGCGGACUCUCUUUCAAAGAGUACAAUGCAGGACCCGAGCUCGACAUGCAAAUGAAGGAAGAAGGCUUCAACAUCAAUGUUAACGUCGAUUGGGAGACAGGGCUGAUAUUCGGAGGCAGUCAGCUGAACUGUGGUACAUGGCAGGAUAAAAUGGGAGAGAGCGAAAAAGCACGAAGCAAAGGAAUUCCCGGAACUCCCCGUGACGGUGCAGCAAUCGAGAUCACAGGCCUUCUUUAUAGUGCUCUGAAGUGGGUCAAUGAACUCCACGAAGCUGGGGACUACCCGUAUCCGGGAGUUGAUAUUGAUAGUGGAAAACUGGUAACAUUCGCGGACUGGGCUUCUAAGAUCAAGAGCAAUUUCGAGCGCUGCUACUACGUUCCUCUUGAUCCGAAAGAAGACGGACAAUAUGACGUUGAUCCUUCCAUUAUCAAUCGGAGAGGAAUUUACAAGGACCUGUACCGAUCCGGUAAACCUUACGAGGAUUACCAGCUUCGUUCCAACUUCCCAAUCGCCAUGACCGUUGCACCUGAGCUCUUCACGCCAUCCAAGGCACUGUAUGCGCUGUCUAUUGCAGACUCUGUUCUAAUGGGCCCGACUGGCAUGGCUACUCUGGACCCCUCUGACAUGAAUUACCGACCCAAUUAUAACAACUCGGAAGACUCUACAGACUUUGCGACCGCCAAGGGCCGAAACUACCACCAGGGCCCGGAAUGGGUCUGGCCACGAGGCUUCUUCUUGCGUGCACUCCUGCAUUUCGAUCUCCAGCGUCGACAAACUGCCGAGGAGCGGACAGAGACCUUCCAGCAGGUGACUAGGAGAUUGGACGGCUGCAAAAAGGCUCUGCGGGAGAGUCCGUGGAAAGGCCUGACGGAAUUAACAAAUAAGGAUGGCGCAUUCUGCGCAGAUUCGUCACCUACCCAAGCCUGGUCCGCAGGAUGUCUGUUGGAUCUAUACUAUGAUGCAGCCCAAGAGGCAUUACGUGCAUAGGAGGAGGAACAACGAGGAAUUUAAUUUGAGGGGUUACAAUCCGAAAUCGUGAAUAUAUGCAUGUCUCUCUGUGUAGAUAGAUAUUCUUUUCUUCGAGUUGAUCCAGCUUCCCUUCUCACAUAAAACUUGUUCGUGCAUUCUUUAGAUAGUUAAUCGCAGUAUAUAGCGUCAUUAUGUCUGCUUGUCCUUUCCUGCGUCCGUUUUUAUCGCAUGCAGUGUGAAUACUACUCCAGGAUAUCUGGAUGCGCUGUCAACGAAGCAGCCACACACAUACUUACUAAAUUUAUUAUGGCAACUAGUUAAGUACCGGCACUAAAGAUGACUUAAAUAACUAUGCAAGGGUGCAACUCUCCAAACACACUCUCAUCUUCGGUAUCUU